UUACUUCAAUGGAAACUAUGUUAAAGAUUGUUGGUUUCUUCGCACUUGUCGGAGGAUGUUUGUCAUCCGUUCCUCUCCCGGGCCCGCACCCAGGAAAUGAAUUUUUUCUUACAGGCCCUCCGUACCAACGUCUCCAAUUUGGACCCAAUUUGUACCAACCGGAUUUUAUGAAGCUACCUUUCGGCUUUCCCGGCCAUGUCAACCCUGUAGUUUACUUUGACGAACCUCACGGCCUCAAUUUUCCGUUGAACCUGCAACACUUCAGCCCUAUUGAAACUCGCCCGUUCGGCCAUGCUUUCCCACAUCCGCUCUCAAUGAACGCCCCAAUGAAUAGCUUUGGUUUGGAAGGCGGGCCUCUCGGAUUUCCGAACUUCCAUGGACACCGGUUUCCCCAUCAUUUGACUCAACAGGUCGGAAAUGAAAUGGAAUACUUGCCGGAGUUGGAAAACGCAAGACGGUCAGUACGAAUGCCGAGAGAUUAUCCGGAAGAAAGCCUUCCUUUAAGACAAAACAAGUUAUCGAAUAAAAUUGUUUUUCUCAAUUCAAAAUCAAAUCCAUCUAGCCUAAAUUUACAGAAACAGAAUUUAACCAUGUCACAACCUCAAUUUCGAGACAGGACAAACCAAAAUCUAACUAGCGACGAUAGGCAAUCAAGGGUCGUCGGCCAACAACUAACACAAGCAAAUGACAAUUCAGAAAAGAAAUAGACAAAACCUAUGUUUAAUACUGCAAAGAGUAAAACUAGUUAUUGUUAUUAGUCUAUUAAACAGGAAUAUCAAGCAAGAAGUUCUUUUGUUGUUCUGAUUUAAGAUUAUAAAUACUUUUUUUUAUAAAAGUCAAAAUUUAAAGAAAAUGAAUUUCACCAAAUUAAAUUAUAGUAAUAUAAAAUGAAAAGUUUGUCAUUACUAAUUCGAAACCUUCUAGUGAAUGACAAAAUUGAAAGUAAUUUAUUGUUAAUUUUUUUAUAUUUAUAAAAAUUUAUGUUUUGAUUAAGUUAAAUUUAUAUUAGAAUGUUCAAUAGAUAUUUCACCUUUCUCUAGAGUCUUGAUAUUUUUAGCGUGUUCAAUAUUUAUUGCUCAUUUACAAGGUAGUAAUAAAGAACUAGUUUUACAUGUAUUUAUAACUGAAAUAUUUUAUUAAGCAACUGACACGACAUGGACUAUUUGUUUUUAUUGAGAAUUUAAUACAGCAUUAGUUGAAAGCUGGCAAGAUGACGAUUGUCUACUUUUGGAAAACGUAUUUCGAAAUUUUGAGGUAUGAGAGAAAAACAAUUGUAAAAAGGGCAAAUUACCGUCAGGACCAAACGCACAGGAAAUACACAUAUACGUGACACUACACAAGCAUACAGACGAAAACGCACACACACAACAACUUACUUCUGCCAACAGCGCAGGGUUGACUAUAACUCAGAAAGACGCCGACCUGAGACGAUGGAACGCAAGAGACAACACUGGAAAUUAUCAUACAAAAACACGUCUGUUUAACCCGUACAGCGGCAGAUGAACCAGUGUAAUCCAACACACAAUUACUGAUUAAACAAGUUUUUGUAUGUGUAAAAGUGAGCAUUUGUAAGACAGAGUUUAUUUAGUAUGAACAAACAUUUUUUGACAUUAAAACGUAUAAUUUGUACUUUAGGAAAUACAUUUUAUUAUAUUUUUUGUUUUGUCACCUGCAAAAAAUUGCAAAGCAUGUACAGUUAGGUAAUAACAAUAAUUUGUAAAAUCACUUUUUAUCACCAUUGAUCCUUACUAUGUUUCCCUAUCUUAGGUACUGAUUUUUUAUAAUGUUUUUUACACAGUAGUAUUUAAAUAUUAUAUUAAUAAUAUAAAGUAUCAGGUAAUAAAAAAUAAACAUUAACAUGCUUUGUUGGUUGGCUUUGUUUGACUCAAUCUACUUUUUUACAUACA